CAACCUCAAAGAUGACUGCUAGGAAAGUUAUAAAUGCCUUUAAACUAAUUAACAGACAGUAUUCAGUGAAAAGGAAAUUCCCAUUAGAUCCUAAGCAUGCUGAGGAAGUAUCAGUUUUCCAAUAUGUGGUUUCGGACCACAAUAGGAAUCGCAUCUAUGUGUGGGGAGAUGCCAGGACUGGAGCUCUAGGUAUACAAAAGACCAAAAGUAAAGAGAACACACAACGUGUGGAAUAUUUACAGAGUCCCAAGAGAUUACAUUUUGCUGAAAUGAAUGAGAUAAUUUCAGCAGCCUCAGGUUUUGGUUUCACUUUGUUUGCAACUAAGAAACAGGUAUUUGGUACAGGUUUAAAUACUGAUUCCCAAAUUGGUUAUCAUGAAAUAAGGACAGAUAAACCCUUAGGCAUUAUCUUUAUACCACUUCCAAUUCGUUUACCUCUGAAUGAAAAUACUGAAAUAAUGAAAGUAUCAGCGGGUAGGGCACAUGCAGCUGCAUUAACAACCGAGGGUUUAUUCAUGUUCGGCAACAAUUCGUACGGUCAAUGUGGUAGAAUAAUCGUGGAAAAUGAAGAUUACAGUAGAAAUAAAUGCUAUGAUUGUAUACGAGACAUCGAUGGGAAGAAGAUCGUCGAUGUCGAGUGCGGCCAAGAUCAUACGCUGGUGAUUUUAAGCGAUGGCAGCGUUUACUCUUGCGGUUGGGGUGCCGAUGGGCAAACCGGUUUAGGACAUUACAAAGUUGAAGCAAAAUUUACAAAAGUUCUUGGAGACAUAGCACAAGAGAAAAUCAUUAAAGUCGCCUGCAGGUCUGACUUUGUACUUGCAUUGAAUGACAAAGGCGAAGUGUUUGGUUGGGGAAACACUGAGUAUAAACAAAUAACAUUGCCUGAUGGUUCCCAGCAAAUAUGUAACCCAAUUUCAAUGAAAAUGCUGACUGGUUUAGGAAAGAUUAAGGAUAUUUCGACAGGUGGAUCUUUUUGCUUGAUCGUUAAUGAGGAUGGUAGAGUGUUCGUCUGGGGAUUCGGGUUACUAGGCUCUGGUCCAGAAGUGCAAGUCAGCGAAACUCCAUUAGAAUUACCAGUUCAACUUUUCGGAAAUAACGACUUCAAUCCGGACUCUUGCGUGGAGUCCGUCUCCUGCGGCUUAAGCCAUAUGGCAGCUGUGACCAAUCUGGGUGAUCUUUAUAGCUGGGGUAGGAACAGAAGCAGUUGUCUUGGUCUGGGCGUUUCUAUUGGUGCAUUUGUGAAUAAGGUUUUCUGUGGUUUGGACCACACCGUUGCCAUUUGUCAAUCUUAUAUAACGGAUGGACAACAAAAAUGAUCAUUUGUCCAUGUAUAUAAUAAAGUUUA